GUAAUUAUUGCGAGAGUCAUCAUGCGGAAUUCUAAAACAAAAACGAUUUCCUCCACCGGUUGCAGAGCUGACAAGACCCGGUCAUCCUCGUCGUCUCCUUCCUCUUCCAACAUCGGCGAACAGGCAUGCGUGCGCUGCCGAGACCGAAAGGUGAGAUGUGGUAGAGAGAAAGACCAAUGUGCGAACUGCAAGCGUGAUGGGGUGGUGUGUGAAUACUCGCCGCCGGGGAAGCGAGUGAACCAUGUAAAGCUGCUAUGUAACCAUGUGGCCAGCAUCCAAGACCGUUUGAUGAAGAUCGAGGGCGAAUUAUCCCGGCUUCCCAAGACUGCCAAGCCGACGAUCGAUGAGACAGAUUCAGCCUCACGAUUGUCCGGUCUAGGAGGGGAAGAACCUCCUGAGGAAGAAGGGCCAUCUCUUCUGCCUAACGACCGCAACAUUGCUUUCGGUCACAACGACUCUGUAGACCGGUAUUAUGGACUAAGCUCUCUCUUCUCCCUCUGUAGCUGGUUUCGCGAGGCGACAUUGGCGGAGAGCAAAAAGCCUUUGUGCACAUCUCUAUCGGACACUUAUAACACUGUCCUCCAAAACAAAAGCGCCCUGGAGAAUGUCCUCAACCGAAUGUGCAUUGAUGCGCACCUUGAUGACUUCUCAUUUGACAUGUUGCUAGACCAGGAACAAAUUCGGCUGCCUCCGAAACACUUUGUCUUGGGUGUCCAGGCUCAGUUUUUCCAGGAAAAACACUACACAACAGACAUCUUCGUCGAAGCCCACUUCCGCGCCAGUGUUGAGCGGCUUUAUAGCCAGAAUGCCUUUUCCUCGGACGAUGAACCGUGGGCAAUCUGUUUCAAAGCCGUUAUCUUGCUUGUCCUCGGUGUCGAGCUAUUCAGACAUGCAAACGACCCACUAUUCGGCUCUCAGUUUGCCCAGUCCUUUCUCUCCACCGUUCGCACAGCAUUGAGCAACCCUCGCUUUCUGAUGGUUCCUAAGUUAAUCAAUGUGCAAGCUCUGAUCCUUUUGAGUGUUGUAGCACGACUUUACUACCCGCACGGAUUUCCAGAAUCUAUUCUCUCCCAAGCAUGUAUCCUUGCCCGGACCAUGGGUUUGCAUCAGACCCAUUUCUCCCAAGACGGCACGGAUCCUUAUGCAGCAGAAGAACGCUUCAAGGUCUUCCGCUCGCUUUACGUACAAGACAAAAGUUUUUCAGUUUUGUACGGAUCGAUAUGCUGGCUCCCAAGCUUUGAUUGUAAUAUUGCAAACCAUUCCUAUGGGACUUCCUCCACGCCAUCUGUCUGGGAUAUACGACUCCAACUGGCCCAGAUACAAGAGGAGAUUUACCAGUUGCUGAGCUUAACCGGAUGUAAGAAGAUGAAUUCAACUUACAGCUGCAGCUUGUCACGCAUCAACACGAGCCUGGAUGAAUUCGUUAAAACAUAUAAUCUAUUCUUUCCAUUCUCUGCUGCUGUUUCUAGCGUGGAUCUACAACUCGAAUUCCUAGCUACUCGCAUCAUUGCAUGCGCAGGCAGUACAAAAUCCAAGAAUAUUGCCCAAGCCUUGAACGAUUCUCGAACCAGUUGCCUCCUGCUGAUAAGGGGCCUUGGAAGGCUAAAUGAUGCCAUGUCAGCUCAUUUAGACUGUUUUCUUGCAGACCUCUGUAGUUCAUCCCACGAUGGGAUGAUGAGGUGCCCAUCAUCUAUUGAUGUUGCAAUGUCUCAGUCAGAGACUCUGCGGCUGACUGCCGUUUUAGAGUCUUUUUCUGUACCAGCAUUUUUCAUCCUAGCGAAGAAUCUCCUGUGGCCCCAUACACCACAGGUGUCGCAUGCCACAGAAGACCUAGAAAUGCUCCAAACCGUUCACCAGUGCUUCAGAGAAGUCGAUACGUGGCUUCAGACGCGCAGUCGUAUUAGUAAAACCAGGCUAGCAUUCGCAAGGGUCCUGGAGAUUAUUGAUAUAAUCCAGGCCUCCGGCAAAGCAUAUACAACAAGAGAGCUCUGCCAAGAUGAGUACUCAAUCCCAGUUCUGCCGGAGUUUGACGGCGUUUUAGAUCCAUCAAUUUAUCUCGAGCCACCUUUUCAAUUCGAAUCAUAUACAGUCAGUGACAGUUCCUCGAUGUCCAAUAUACAAAUAUGAUUCCCAGUAAAAGACUAACAACCACGCCAAAUUUGUCCGUCUGGUGAGACACGGUAACCUGAUGGUCCGUUUCAACUCAUUAUUUCCACCAGCUCGGUUUCCACCCACCUGAACACAGAGCAGAACGUUCACCUAACCAGCUAGAGUGACAUUAAAACACCAUGACUUUUGUGAGCCUUUAAUCUCAUGAACAAAGCUGAGGUAAAGCUAAGCUCGCUUGGUUGAUACCCUGUAACGUUCACAGCGUUUCUUUAUAUGUGUUUAAUCGGUUUUUCAGCGAUGGAGUUGCAUAGAUUAUGAGAAACAGUUUCUAGAAUUAGUUCGCUAUGUUGUAUCGUUUGCAGAAAUAUGUUAACAAAGUGGAAAUUUAAAAUUGAACCAUUAAUAG